GGGACUAAGGCUGAUUUAACGCCGGGCGGGUCGUUAAACCACGUUUAAGAUGAGAGAUAACGUCUUGACUUUUCGCGAUUGGAUUCCAUCGGUGCUGGGAGCAUUGGGCCGGCUGCAACGAACCCCGACUCGUAGAAGCGAAUCUCUGUCGUUUGCUGCCUUGUUAGUGUUUGCACUUGACCGUCUCACGCCAGCUUUGAGCCGGGUAUAAAGGGCGGACCACCGAGCGACUGAGAUCCAGUCACUCACAACGGUCGAUCAACCCGCCUAAGGAGUCCUGCGUCUCUUGCUCAGCGAGGAGUUUGGUAAAGAAUGAGAAUCACCGCGGCAAUGAAGUGCUUCGUGGCCAUCAUAGUCUCCUCUCUUGUAGCCUGCGGGGCCUCCGCCAGGGAGGAACAAGUUGAAGGGCGCACAAGACUUCUUGGCACUGGUCUCGGAGUCGGCGGCUACGGCCCUCUAGUUAGACCCAGUUUUGUCGGCGCUGGUCUCAGAGGUGCAGGUUACGGCGCUGCUGGGCUCGGCGGCUACGGUGGAGCUGUUCUCGCCCGCCCUGCUGUGGGUGGCGCUGGCCUCGUUCGCACUGGUGGUCUCGGAUAUGGCCGUCCCGGUUACGGCGGACUCGGCUACGGUGGCGGCCUCGGCUAUGGUGGUGGCUACCAAUCAGGCUACGGCGCUCUGGCCGGCGGUCACCAGGGGGGAUACCAAAGUGGCGCUGCAGGCUACAACCACGGAUCCGCGGGUUUCGCUGGUGGUGCGGCCAACAGGCACGUCAACGCCUACAAAAACAACCGUGGCUACAGCCACACCUCGGGAUUCUCGACCUCUAGCGGCAAUGCAUUUGGCUCCGGACACAGGUACGGCUCGGCUGGAUUCGGAAGUGGAACUGCUGGUCACAGAGGAGGAUACGGACAAUCUUCGUUCGGGCACCAUGCCGGUGCUGGCAUCGGCGGAGGAUACCUCGGUUAAUAGGGAGCUGUCAAUAAAACGUGGCCUUUAUUUUUA